GGAGCCGCCCCCACGGCACUGUGCCGGCAGUGACCGCACGGCCAGCGGGAGCAGCAGCACGGCUCCCCUSCCUGCUCCACCAGAGAGCACCAAAAUGGAGAAGAGACUCCAGGAGCAGCUCUGCUUGGCCCUCACCCUCCUCCUCCUGAAUGUGAGCUGUGCUGGAGCUCAGACAGUAGGAGACUCUCACAGCUGCUACGGAGCUCCAGGCCUGCCAGGCAUGCCGGGGAUGCCCGGGAGGGAUGGCCGGGAUGGGCUGAAGGGAGUCAAAGGGGAGCCAGGUAUCCCAGCUUCUACCCUGAAAGGGCCCAAGGGCAUGAAAGGAGAAAGAGGCAUGGAAGGUGCUCCAGGCAAGCRUGGCCCUCCUGGGGACCCUGGUCUAGUGGGAGACCCUGGGUUCCCGGGUCUGCCUGGAGCCCCGGGGCUGCCRGGCAACCUGAGGCAGAAGCCACGCUCAGCGUUCUCUGUGACCAGGCAAACCAGCCAAUAUCCCACCAAGAACGUGCCCGUGGUGUUCAACAACGCCAUCACCAACACCAAYGGUGACUACGACACCACCACAGGCAAGUUCACCUGCAGGCUCCCGGGGCUCUACUACUUUGUGUUCCACAGCUCACACACAGCCAACCUGUGCGUCAUCCUGCACAAGAACCAGAGGAAGAUGGCCAGCUUCUGCGACCACAAGACCAACGCCAUGCAGGUCAGCUCGGGGAGCACGCUGCUGCGCCUGGCGGCUCAGGAUGAGGUCUGGCUGGGUGUCAAUGACUACAACGGCAUGGUGGGCAUCGCCAACUCUGACAGCAUCUUCUCAGGGUUCCUGCUCUUCCCGGACUAGAGGAUGGGCAGAGCCCACCCCAGCACCCCGACCGCUUCUACCUGCCCUGAACACGCUGCCCACUGCUUCUGAUGCUCCCAGUUUCUCCUCAGGGAGGGAAGCUUUGGUGAUGGAGUCACCCCCAGCAGCCAGACUCACCCCUCAGUCUGGGGCUGAGCACUGGCAGCUGCUGCACAGGGGUACAGGCACAUCUGGAUGCAUCUGCACCCAGAGCAAUGGUGCCGAGCUCCUGGUCCUGCUGGCACUGCCAUUUGCAUCUCCUGAUAGCCCCACACGACCUCAGAGGUCUCUCUGCCUCUCUCCCCACCUCACCUGAGCUGCCCCAGGUUCAACCAGGUGUCCUGGCAUAGGCUGCAGCACCCCCUUUGCCAUGACCUGGCUGUGGAAAGUGUCAAUAAAAUCUUCCCCAGUGC